GAGUAAUGAGGCCCCUGGCUUAAAUAAACAAGCUCCUCAGUUAUGUAGUGGUAAGUGCCUGGUCUUGGCUAAAAAAAAAAAAAGAAGAAAGAAAGAAAAAGAGAGAGAGCUCUGUUUUGGCAAGCUUAUGGCUUCAACAGCUGCUGCUUCUUGCUCUCUGCAAAUCUUCUUCCUCCUCCUCUUCCGCCUCCUGGAAUUGGCCUGUUCAUUGGAAUGGGGAGGCGCUGAGGAGGUAAGCAUGGUGAAAGUGGGAGACUUCUCGAAGGUGGAAGAUGCUGUGAACUUUCAUUUAUACUAUGGCCAGACCUUCAAAGUCAUAAAGAAUGCUCUUGAUGCCCACAGCUACCUUCUUCUCCAGAAUAAUACAAGGAUUGCAUCAAGGACCAAAUAUUGCACAUCAAGAAUCAAAUCAUUUGUGAUUCCAUUGUCAAACUAUUCAGUUGAUACCGAUUCAUUUCCAGUUUCCUUCUUAGAGCUUCUAGGCUUGCUAGGGAGCUUGAAAGGCAUAACAUCAGACUUGGUGGCUUCUCAAUGCGUUCUAAAAUUAUACCAAGAUGGUCAAAUAGAAAUGUUCAACAAGACUGACGAAGAAAAGCUUGCACAGUUUGCAGCUCAUUUCUCUGGUGAUGCUGAUCAUCUACCAGCAUGCAAUUUUGCCACAUUUGUCCCUUUUUCAGAAGACACUCCUUUGCAGGCAAGUAAAAAUUCGACAUUACUCUGUAAAGACCCCAAGAACUAUGGCAUCCACAUUAAGUGCUUACAUUUUACUAUUGAUAUUGUUAAAUAUUAACCUAUCAACUUAUCA